AAUAAAUAUUUAAUCAAGCUUUAAAAUGGGAGAGGGGUUUUUCUGGAGAACACAAACUCGGCUGAAGAUGUAUUUUUUCAUCUCAAUAAUGAUUUUAUGUAAUGUGCAACCGAGCAUGCAGUCAUCUGAUGUCGAUUGCAUUGUCUAUAAUGAGGAAUUCAUGGAGUGCACAUGGACCCACAGUGAAGGGGACGUGAACUCCACCCUGUAUCACUGGUAUAACAAAAAACCACCACAGGAAUGCAAGAGCUACAUUCAACAACAUGGCUACAACGUAGGAUGCUAUUUCUCAACCAGUGAGAUACAACUAUUCAAAAGAUUUUACGUUUUCAGAAAUGGAUCCAGUGGCUCAGGAACUAUUUCAGGAGAACCCCAAUUUUUUUUGCUCCAGGACCAAGUCAAACCAUUUGCUCCUGAGAACCUGGUGGUGAAUGCCACGAAAAAGAACGGGCUCAUCCUGAGUUGGGUUUCCACGAUGCCAAACCUCAAUUGCAUGGAGUUUGAAGUCAGGUACCGGAAUAACAAGGACAAGGAAUGGCAGAAAGCUACUGUCAUGGAAAAAACAAACUUCAAUUUGGCAAGUGUGGAUCCAGAGAAGCUCUACACCUUUCAAGUGAAAAGCAAGGUUAACAAAUACUGCGGCAUGACAAAAUUGUGGAGUGAGUGGAGUCUCCCUGUUUACUGUCGGAGAAACAACAUCCAACCAGAUGUCAAUUGCAUUGUCUAUAAUGAGGAAUUCAUGGAGUGCACAUGGACCCACAGUGAAGGGGACGUGAACUCCACCCUGUACCAUUGGUAUAGGAAUGAACCACCACAGGAAUGCAAGAGCUACAUUCAACAACAUGGCUACAACGUAGGAUGCUAUUUCUUAGCCAGUGAGAUACAACUAUUCAAAACAUUUUACGUUUUCAGAAAUGGCUCGGGAACUAUUUCAGGAAAACCCCAAACGUUUCAGCUCCAGGACCAAGUCAAACCCUUUGCUCCUGAGAACCUGGUGGUGAAUGCCGCGAAAAAGAACGGACUCAUCCUGAGUUGGGUUUCCACGAUGCCAAACCUCAAUUGCGUGGAGUUUGAAGUCAGGUACCGGAAUAACAAGGACAAGGAAUGGCAGAAAGUUACUGUCAUGGAAAAAACAAACUUCAAUUUGGCAAGUGUGGAUCCAGAGAAGCUCUACACCUUUCAAGUGAAAAGCAAGGUUAACAUAUACUGCGGCACGACAAAAUUGUGGAGUGAGUGGAGUCUCCCUGGUUACUGGUGGAGAAACAACAUCCAAACAGAUGUCGAUUGCAUUGUCUAUAAUGAGGAAUUCAUGGAGUGCACAUGGACCCACAGUGAAGGGGACGUGAACUACACCCUGUAUCACUGGUAUAGGAAUGAACCACCACAGGAAUGCAAGAGCUACAUUCAACAACAUGGCUACAACGUAGGAUGCUAUUUCUCAUCCAGUGAGAUACAACAAUUCAAAAGAUUUUACGUUUCCAUAAAUGGAUCCAGUGGCUCAGGAACUAUUUCAGGAGAACCCCAAAAGUUUCAGCUCCAGGACCAAGUCAAACCCUUUGCUCCUGAGAACCUGGUGGUGAAUGCCACGAAAAAGAACGGGCUCAACCUGAGUUGGGUUUCCACGAUGCCAAACCUCAAUUGCGUGGAGUUUGAAGUCAGGUACCGGAAUUACAAGGACAGGAAAUGGCAGAAAGCCACUGUCAUGCAACAAACAGACUUCAAUUUGGUAAGUGUGGAUCCAGAGAAGCUCUACACCUUUCAAGUGAAAAGCAAGAUUAACAAAUACUGCGGCACGACAAGAUUGUGGAGUGAGUGGAGUCUCCCUCUUUACUGUCGGAGAAACGACAUCCAACCAGAUGUCGAUUGCAUUGUCUAUAAUGAGGAAUUCAUGGAGUGCACAUGGACCCACAGUGAAGGGGACGUGAACUCCACCCUGUAUCACUGGUAUAACAAAAAACCACCACAGGAAUGCAAGAGCUACAUUCAACAACAUGGCUACAACGUAGGAUGCUAUUUCUCAACCAGUGAGAUACAACUAUUCAAAAGCUUUUACGUUUUAAGAAAUGGAUCCAGUGGCUCAGGAGAUAUUUCAAGAGAACCCCAAAAGUUUCAGCUCCAGAACCAAGUGAAACCCUUUGCUCCUGGGAACCUGGUGGUGAAUGCCACUGAGAACAAUGGGCUUCUCCUGAGUUGGGACAUCUCGACGCUACGAGUCCAGUGCCUGGAUUUUGAAGUCAGGUACCGGAACAUGGACAGGGAAUGGCAGAAAGCUACUCUCUUGCGACAAACACACUUCAAUUUGCCAAGUGUGGAUCCAGAGAAGCUCUACACCUUUCAAGUGAAAAGCAAGGUUAACUUUUUCUGCGCCACGGCAAAAUUGUGGAGUGAGUGGAGUCUCCCUGUUUACUGGGGGAAAUCUAAUACAGAUACACCGCUUCCAGAAAUCUUCGGCAUGUUCAAAUGCGAAAUGAGUCGUAUGAAGUGAAACACUCCCAGCUGAGGAUAUUCCACAAUGUGCAUCACUUCAAGUGUCCAAAGGAAAGUGGAUGCCAACAUUAAGGAACAACGAUUUCUCUGCUCCUGAUUUUAAUUUUCAGAGGGUCAUUGAUAUAUGCUUGCAGCCUAAAAAAGCAAAGAUGGCACAAUGACUUUCAUUAUUUCCCCACUCACAAUGACGCUUGCUUGAAGACUAUGUACAUUAUUUUUAAUCGCAUCUGCACAGAACAUCAUCACAUACUGUAGCUGUCUGCUCUAACAGUCCUUGCUGGCCUCUCUGCUCCACAGGCAAUUGACAAUGAAAGUUACAACAGUGAUUAUCUAACACCUUUCACCGAUUUUAUCCAAGUAUUUACAUAAAGUGGACAAUAUCCUCUAGUUGCCAGUAACACCAGUUUCAAAAACAAAAAGAACGUGUGUGACACGGUGGUGCAACAAUAGAGUUGCUGCCUUUCAGUGCCGGAGACCCGGGUUCAAUCCCGACUACGGGUGCUGUCUGUAUGGAGUUGUACCUUCUCCCCGUGACUGAGUGGGUUUUCUCCGAGACCAUGGUG